UUACAAGACAAGUAACUUUUAAAAUGUAAAAUUUCCAAAAUUAUUAUGUUAUAUUUUAUUUUUAGUAUUUAUUAUGGAAGUUAUAAGUAAAAGUGACAGAAGGGUGCUUUUAUAUAUGGUUUUUAGAAAGAAGUAACAUAGAAAGAACUGGAUCUUUUUGUUUCCAGCAUUUGCAUACAAAAUUGAGAUUUUUUUAAAAGAAAAACGAGGAAUAAGAAUUACCGGAAGUACACCUUUUGAGGUCGGUAAUUCGCAUGUACUCAUUCCUCUUGAGGUCGGAGUACUAAAACAAGAAAAAAAAAAGGGAGAAACUGGCAAAUUUUUAUCAACUUGACUUUCACACAGGUUUUUUUGCUUAAUAACAUACUUUAUAAAAUCGUUCUUAAAAAACCAAGCAAAAUUUCAAAAACAAAAUUUAAAUUAUCUUGUAAAGGAGUAACUAGAUCUUAUGUACCAAGUAAAUAGCUAAAUCAAAUUUUUAUAAGUUUUAUGCAUAAGAAAGUCUUCCCUUUAUCUGGUGUCAUAUUCCUAGGCUUCAUAUUUUCAUGUACCUUUUGUUCUCUCCGUCCAUCCCUCUUAAUACCUUUUGUUUGUUCUGGAACUUGAUCAUAAGAGUUGAGAGUUAUCUGUAUGGUUUUGCUUUAUGAGUUGCCAGUAUCUGAUGAUGAAUGUUAAUAGUAUUGUCUGUGCUUACGUUCCUCGAUCAUUGUUAGAUGUCAGGGGAUCCGGUGGAGCCUGAAGUUCUUGAGAAUAUAAAUUGCAUCACACCUAAGUUAAAUAAAAAUGAUCUGAUCCUUAGGCCAGUUUCUGAAGAUGAAGGAGGGGAGGGUUUGCCAUAUGCUCCUGAAAAUUGGCCCAAUCCCGGGGAUAACUGGAGAUGGAGGGUGGGGAAGAGAGUUGCUAUAACUGGCCAUUUUCUGGAUAGGUACCUUUAUCCUCCUCGCCGUCUUGUUGUUCCUGAGAACACAUCCCAUAGAGGGAAGCUUCUUGCAAGCAAGCUUUCAGUUGAAAGAUAUAUCCAGUCUGUCAACCCUAAUGUAAACGUUGAUGCAUUUUUUGCCUCAUUCUGCUGGAAGAUACCAGCAAAAAAGUCGGCCUCAGCGCAAGGUGUGCGAGGAAGACAAGAUCCAUGCCCUCUUCCCUCAAAAGAGACGAAAAAAUGCACAGCAUCUGAUUCCCAGAUUGUGGGUUGCAAGGCUGGAAAUAUAAUCUGUAAUAGUUUAUCUCUUGUAGAAAACCCAUCUUUAUUAAAAUCCAUGUCCUGUGAUAUUUGCUGCAGCGAAUCUCGGUUUUGCCGUGAUUGCUGCUGUAUACUUUGUUCCAAGAUUAUAGACAUGACCAGGAAAAGUUAUAGCUAUAUUAAAUGUGAAGCUAAGGUAGGUGAUGGGGAUAUUUGUGGACAUCAUGCUCAUAUCAAAUGUGGUCUCAAAUCAUAUAUGGCUGGGACAGUUAGGGGGAGAAUUGGAUUGGAUGCUGAGUAUUAUUGUCGACGUUGUGAUGCUAGAACAGAUUUGGUAUCACAUGUUGAAACAUUUUUGCAGUUAUGUCUAUCAACCGAUUGUUGUGAUGACAUUGAGGAGUUCUUAGGCAUUGGUUUCCGCAUUUUGCGUGGUUCACACAAAAUGAGAGCAAAGGAAUUGUUGAGACAUAUUGAAUUGAACAUUGCAAAGGUUAAAACUGGGACUUGCUUGGAAGAUAUAUGGAAGAUGGAUGAAGACAUCUCAGCUAAUUGCACUGAUGCAAAUGGUAGCGCGAAUUCUACAGAAAGUUCUCAUGGCACUUCAGACUCCUUUAUAAGCUCAGAAUGGACUAUGUCCACCCCUUUUGAUCAUUGGACUGAAUCCCUAAAACUGGAAGACGAGAUUGAACAGGUUCUGCAGGCACUGAAGAGAUCACAAGAGUUCGAGUACAGUUUGGCAGAAGAAAAGCUUCUGUUACAUAAAAAUUAUCUACAUAAUCUAUUUCUGCAACUCGGCAAGGAACAAACUGAACUCGGACAUCGAACAUCAUCAACUAGACAAAAGGCCUUUCAGAAUAAUGUAACAAAUAGAGUGGAUCAAAUAAAACGAGAAGUAAAGAAACUGAAGAGAAUAGAAAAGGUUGCUGAUGGAUUUGGACGAACUCCUAAAGAUAUACUGAAGGAGGACUUUGGUUUUGAAGUUGAUUAGAGAGACAUGGGCAACAUUGGCCAUUAUGAUUCAGUUAGCCUUUAUAUAGUCAGGCUUUAUCAGGUGUUUACUGUGUAUCAUAUGGCUUCACAUGAAGCGAGGAUAUCGAAAAGGCGUCAACUUCUCAACAAGCUGGAUUCUGCAAUCAAAAUACCGUAGCUACGGAGUUAUGGGUAUUUGGAUUCUGCAAUCAAAAUACCCUCUGCAACGAGUUUUCACGAUAAACUUCCUCGUCUCCACUGGUUGCUCGAUGGAUUGCUUGUCAUUGGCUUCUAACUCAGUAAGGAUACUGUCUGUCUGGUUCAGGCUUCUUAUCGCUGCUUGCGGAAGAGGUACUUUCUUUUGACUACAAUGCUUAUAAAUAAAACAUAACCCCAUUUAUUACGUAGAAAGGAGGCUUCCAUCGCCAUUUUGUUUAGCAGGAAUUGAGAAUGAACAUGAUUUUUACAGCUAUGGGUGACUAUUCUGUUCUUUUCUUCA